AUGCAGCUCAUCAAGUCUCUUGUCGGCCUCCUUCCCAUCAUGGGAAUGGCCUCGGCCGCUGCCAUCUCCUCAAGCGUCCCUGACCCAGCCGACCCAAUCCCGGCAUCCGUCUCCAGCGGUCUCAACAACCGGGUUGUCACUGCUGUCAUCGACAGCACCACCUCAGUGACCAAGACCGUCAAAACGACCGUCACCACCGAGAGCCGCACCAUCACUGCGACGGCUCGCACUACCGUUGCCACGGAGAACCUCGUCCUCACUUACACCCAGAGGACCACCGCCGCCACCCAGACUCUCGUCCUGACCUACACUCAGAGAACCACGGCCUCCACCAGUACUCUGGUCCUCACUUACACGUCGAGGACCACUGCAGCCACCGAGACUGUUACUCGCACUGCCCGUGCUACCGUCGAGGCCUCCGAGACCAUCACCUACACUCCAACAGUGACUGGCGAUGCCACGACCGUCCACUCGACCUUCACAGACGUCACCACGUUGCCCAGCACCGAAUACGAGACCAAGACUGAGGUUUCUACGGUCUUCCUUGAUGAAACCACGACGAUGCCCACCGUCGUCUAUGCCACGCAGUAUUCGACCGAGACUCGCGUCCAGACCGUCGAAGAGGUCACCACUAUUGGAAGCACCAUCUACACUACUGCUACUGCCAUCGUUGACACGACCAUCUACGACACCCAGGUUGCCGUCGUCGAGUCCACCCAGUACAACAUCGCCACGGUGCCGACUACCAUCUACACGACCGAGGUCAUCCCCACGACCUCGUACGCGACGGAGAUCAUCAACUCUACCAUCACCGCAGCCGUCACUGAGACUGCUACGGCUACGAUCACCCAGACGGCGACCGUCACGGACCAAUCUGUGUGCCUGUACAGAUUGGCUUACAUCACUCGCACCCAAACAGCAAGUGUUGCUCCCCGCUACUCCACGUACACGGUUUCGACCAUCACCUGCCUUGCUGCGGCGCCGACCUGCGACUCGCGCACUGGCAACUGCAACAAGUUUGCUCGCUUGGUUCUCAGCGCCGAGCCUACCCCUGCUUAA